AUGGAUUUCGGGGUUCCAAUAUCAGUCUAUCUCUUGAUCAAUGCAAUGACAGCGCUGACUGGAGAGGCAGCCAGGACUCUAAGCCCCCCAGUCACAACCCAGCAGAGUAACUGGACAGUUAACAAAACAGCAGCUGACUACACAGAAGUACCCAUAGCCUUGAAGUUCUCACAUCCUUGCCUGGAAGACCACCAUAGUUACUGCAUCAAUGGUGUCUGUGCAUUCCACCAUGAGUUGGAGAAAGCCAUCUGCAGGUGUUUUACUGGUUAUACGGGAGAAAGGUGUGAGCAUUUGACCUUAACUUCAUAUGCUGUGGAUUCUUAUGAAAAAUACAUCGCAAUUGGGAUUGGCGUUGGAUUACUAUUAAGUGGUUUUCUUGUUAUUUUUUACUGCUACAUAAGAAAGAGGUAUCUGAAAUUGAAAUCACCUUACAAUAUCUGUUCCGGAGGAAGACCACUGUGUUCAGAGAGGGAGGAUGACGUCCGGACCGUCCUCCGGCCCCUCCUCCCCCGGGCCGAUUAUGAAACUGCGGGCACUGUGUACCUCACCCCGCUCUCUCCCGCCGCCGCCCAGCCGGACGCCUCCCGCAGCCGGCCGCAGCCCGCCGCAGCCCCCGUGCCCCGCGCGCCCCCGCACACGCUCACCGGGAGGAGGAUGGAGCCGCGCCGCGCCCGCCGGGUCCCCACGCUGCUGCUCGUUCUGGUUUUCUAUCUUCUUCAAGCAGUCUUCAGUACAACUGUGAUUCCUUCAUGUAUCCCAGGAGAGUCGGGAGAUAACUGCACAGCAUUAGUUCAAACUGAAGAUAAUCCACGUGUGGCUCAAGUGUCAAUAACAAAGUGUAGUGCUGAUAUGAAUGGCUACUGUUUGCACGGACAGUGCAUCUACCUGGUAGACAUGAGUGAAAAUUACUGCAGGUGUGAAGUAGGUUACACUGGUGUCCGGUGUGAGCAUUUCUUUUUAACCGUCCAAAAACCUCUGAGCAAAGAAUAUGUGGCUUUGACCGUGAUUCUUGUUAUCUUGUUCCUUGUCAUAGUUGCUGGUUCCAUAUACUAUUUCUGCAGAUGGUAUAGAAAUCAAAAAAGUAAAGAACCAAAGAAGGAAUAUGAAAGAGUGACGUCAGGGGAUCCGGCAUUGCCGCAAGUCUGA